AUGGCAAAGCCAAAAGGCAAAAAUCCUGAUGAUUUUGCAUGGCGUUCGAAUUCAUUAAAAGAGAAGCGACAGAUGAGAAAGAAAAGAAAUGAGAAGAAAAAGCGCGAACGUAUAGAAAAGAAAAGAAAAUUAAAGGAAAAGGAAGCUCGAGCUACAGUAGAGCGUGCGCAAGGUGAGACCAAGAAGUAUAAAAAGUUGGCUACAAAUUAUUUGGGACUCUGGAAUCGCGCAACUCAACGAAAAGAUGACAAGGUAAACUAGGAAUGGAAAAGUAACUUUUCCCAGGCCUCUGUAUGUCUUGUUUUGAGAGUGAUAUGAUUAAUUCAAUAAUUCAUAUUUCCUUACAGAUUACAGCCAGUCAGUCACAAAUGUUACCGAAGAUUAAACGCGCCGAUUUAACUAAUGUCGAUGAGAACGAAAAUGAGUCGACAACCUGUUUCGGAAAAGGUGUAUACGGAAAGUGUUAUGUUAAAAUGUAUCAGGGGCAUUUGGUCGUGGCAAAAGAAUUUCGAGACAAGGUUACACCAUCUGAGGUAAUGAAAGAAGCGAAUAUGCUUGCUGCCUUGAAUCAUGCAGGAUUACCGGUUGUUCUCGGGGUUGACAUGACUCAAAACCCUCUGAUGAUGGUAACUCUAUUUUACGGUUUGAAUGGAAGUAACACAACGUUUCAACAUGUACUAACAGUCGAUGACCACUUUAACGCAGUAAAGAAGCUGGAAUUUGUUGGACUUAUCAGGCAGCUGUGUGAAGUAUUAAAAUACCUCCACGUGCACAAAAUCCUACAUAACGACAUAAAGUGUGAUAAUGUCAUGAUUUAUAGGGAUAGAGAAGGUCUGAAAUGCGUCCUAAUCGACUUCGGAAAGGCAUGUAAAAUUGAAGAAGGAAAACACAAGAAAUUAACAAAUGAGCAGAAGAGAAAGUACCGAGAGAAGCAUUCUCAUAUUGCUCCUGAAAUUGUGGAUGGAAAGUCACCGCAGACAACUUUAAGCGACAUUUUCGCACUUGGCAGAAUAAUAUUAAAAGUCGGAACUCGCUACAAAUGCGACAAAAUAGUUGCGCUAAGUAAGCUAUGCACAAGCGAAAACCCAGCCAAAAGGUCUACAUUAUCGUUUCUAAUAGAAGAAUGUGAUGUACUAUACAAACAAAUAUUGGGUUGAACUUCGAAACCUAGCUGUCUAUUAUAUAUAGAUUAAUUCAUUCAGUAGUGUGAGUACAACUACAUAAUGUUGCUGUUGUGUUGUAUAAUCUACCGGCUGAAAAAAUACAAGGAAAAUUUCGAGCUUUCAAGCAAAGAAACUCAAAACGCGGGUCGAAUUUUUUCUUGUAUUUUUCAGGAAGACUACUCCAACACAACAGCAGCCUAUUAAAUUCAUAUUAUAGAAUAUAUGUUGUCCGAUAAGCGGCCGAAUAUUGCAUGCCUUUAACAUCAGUGAUAUUGAAUAUUGAUAUACGCUGCGUUGUACGUUUAUAUAUAUAUGUAGACAUUUUCCUCAUGUUAUUUGUUUUCGUAUAUAAAUUAUAAUUGUAUGUUCAACUGAGAAACGCCGAAAAUCAGACAAAUCAUAAAUUGUCCAUGCAUCAGUAUUCACUGUGUCUUAAUUGUCUCAUGACUUCAUACCCUUGACUCUGGUAGUCAGAUCAUACUCUGGACUUCACCAGUUUACCUUUUACUUUUUAGUCAUGUGUACGGCAAAACUUUACCAAAUGAAUUUCUCAUUACAUUGACAAGACAUUGUCCGGUACUCACUAGCUAAUUUACAAGGCUCCUUGCCACGGAAAACUUGUAAAUUUUCUGUCCUAUACGCGAGCAAGUAAAAAUUGUCAAGGAAAAGUAACGAGGGAAACUUGUUCGUCUAUACGGGACUUUAUUGUGUAUAGGUCCUAGCCCUAUUAUAGGCUAGGUAUUGACGCUAAGCAAUAACACCACACGUGGCCUUGCUGGGAUUUAAUACUGAGAUAGAAUAAUUAUGUGUUGACAGGGUAUAAAGACAUUUGACUCCGUUUAAAAUCGACAUACAGUCCUGCUAAUUCCGGACUGAUAUUAUGUAAUGCUUAACCGAGCAUAACAAAUUGCUUCCCGCAGUAUGCAUUUUUAAUUAAUAACUUGUUAAUAAUAGAAUUUCAAAUCAAGUACCUACCGUGAGUAAUGAAACUAAUAACCGAUUGAUGACAGUUUUUCCAAUUAUAUUUAAUUAAAUAAUGCGCUAUGAUUUCCGGACUUUUGCGUAUUCAAUCCGCAAAAGUUGCAUUUUUUAGGCUGUGCGGGUCGUCAUGAGAAGAGAGACUGCGUCUUAAACAGAGAAAGCAGCAGCUACAAUUACAAUUACAAACAGAAAUUGCAAAGGCCGAAGCGGAAGAGAGAGUUUAUGCUAUGGCCGACUUGGGAGAAAAUUUUCACCACUCACCAACGCGUCCACUUCAACUGCCACAACUUCCAUCUGAUGAAUAUCCACAGCCUUCACGCGUUAGUAACAACACACCCCAGUAUCUCCAACAACAGAUGAAGUCGACUGGGCAAAAAUCAAG